ACAAGUCUUUAUCACCCACAAGUUGUUACCACACUAUGUUGAUCAGAUUUCUCCUUCUCUGAUUUGAACAGAAAGAGACGUGAGGAAGAGAAGAUUAAUGUGAUAAAGGAGGUGAGAAAAAGUAUAAUUGUGUUUAUUUCAGCUCACAUGGAGGCAAGAUCCUAAAUUUAUGAAGAAAACCCAUAUUUUACCUGUUAAUUUGCUUCAAAUCAUCGAUCUAUUCAUUGACCCGAAAUUGACGGGCUGGAGAUGGCACCGCAACAGCAGCAGGUGGAGGAGGAAGAUGAACAUGUGUACACACUGGACGAAGCUCUUACAGCUCUGGGUUUUGGCAAAUUCCAGUAUUUGGUGUUGUGUUAUGCGGGUCUUGGAUCAAUGGUGGAUGCUGUUGAAGUUAUGAUUCUUUCUUUUAUUGGACCAGCUGUUAAGUCUCAAUGGGGGCUUUCUUCUACACAAGAAACUCUUAUUACUACUGUUGUGUUUGCUGGCAUGCUUAUUGGAGCUUACUUUUGGGGAAUUCUUGCUGACAACUAUGGAAGACGGAAAAGUCUUCUGAUUGUGGCAAUAGUGACAACCGUAUCUGCAUUUCUGAGUUCCUUUUCUCCAAACUAUAUAUCACUGCUCAUUCUUCGUAUGCUGGUUGGAACCGGUCUGGGUGGUGGGCCUGUAUAUGGAUCUUGGUUUCUAGAAUUCGUGCCUUCUCGAAAUAGGGGCAUGUGGAUGGUUAUCUAUUCAACUUUUUGGACAGUUGGAACAAUACUUGAGGCUUUAUUGGCUAUGAUUAUCAUGCCAAGACUAGGUUGGAGAUGGUUAUUGGCUUUAUCGUCUAUACCAUCAUUUGCAGCUUUUCUCUUGUACAUUUUUACUGUAGAGUCUCCUAGAUAUCUAUGUGCCGAAGGUAGAAUAACUGAUGCACAUGAUAUUUUGAGGAAAAUAGCUGUUGUUAAUCAGACAAAACUUCCCCCUGGGAUGCUUGUUUCUGAUCAAGUGAUAGAGCUGGAUGAGGAACAGAAAUUGCUUAGGCCGAGAGCCAACAAAAUCUUCAAUUUUAAGACAGGAUUGUCUUCAUCCCUGAUGCUUUUAUCCCCACAAUUACUACGAAUUACCCUCCUCAUGUGGGUGGUUUAUUUUGGAAAUUCAUUUGCCUAUUAUGGCAUUAUAUUGCUGACAUCACAGUUUAGUGCUGGGGAAAAUAGAUGCUUCUCAGUUGCUUUGCAUGUGAAAAAUGAUUCAAGCCUCUAUACAGACGUGUUCAUCACUAGCCUUGCUGAGCUUCCUGGGCUUCUUAUUUCAGCUGUAGUGGUGGAGAAAGUUGGUCGGAAAUAUUCAAUGGCACUGAUGUAUAUCUUCGGGUCCCUAUUCCUUUUUCCGCUUGUUGUACCUCAGAAUGAGGCAUUAACAACAGCAUUGCUAUUUGGAGCUCGUAUCUGGUUCAUAGGGACCUUCACCCUUGCUGGUGUUUAUUGUCCAGAGAUUUAUCCAACCUCAGUUAGAUCAACUGGUUGUGGAGUUGCAAGUGCUGUGGGGAGAAUUGCAGGGAUGGUCUCUCCUAUAGUUGCAGUGCAAUUGGUUAGAGGUUGCCACCAGAUGGCUGCAAUCAUUUUAUUUGAAGUGGUUGUUAUUUUAUCAGCAAUUAGUGUUCUGCUCUUUCCAGUUGAGACCAAGGGGCGUGAGCUUGUUGAUCAUGUCUCUGUAUAGGAAAUCGUAUACCAAUUACUAUGUUAUGUUAAUGUGUUCUCCACAUUGGAGGGAAAUCUAUUGAAGACACAGCUCUCUAAGUCAUGUUGGUACUAUUUACAGUAUCAUGUUCCAACCUCAAAUUUCGUUAAUCAUGUAAGAUGUUAUCUUAUCAAUGUAUAGAAGUUAAAUCUGUUUA